AGGUGGUUCAGAUAUCAGCGCUCCGCGCGCAACAGGACGCACUGAGUGAUCCCGAGGAGGAAGGAACACGAGAUCCCAUCGAUCCGAUUCAUUGACCGAGACCUUUUUCUCCCGCAGGAAGAGGCUGAGAAAGCUAUGAAAGUGUGGCGAGUUCGGCUCCUGUACUUUCUGGCGCUGAAUGCAGCUGUGCAGCACGUGACUUCUCUGGAAGAAAAGCGCACCGGUUCUAUUUUUGAUAACUUACUCGACCCCCUGACGGAAUUGUUUGAGCACAAGGAUGCCGGCGAUCAACCGGCCGCCAAAUUCUCCCUCCGCAAAGCCUCCCGCCCCGACGAUGACCUGUGCUACAUCGUUCCUGGCAAACCUGACUCCCUGGCGGCCUGCACCUUCAACAGCACCUCCAAGACCUUCCUGGUGAUCCACGGAUGGACGGUGAGUGGUGCCGCUUUUCACCACUUUCACCAGGAGCCACCACGUUGUUGCAUCAGAGAGUUUCCGACCGUGUUUCUUUUUAAACAGUUGAGUGGCAUGUUUGAAAGCUGGGUGACGAAGCUGGUUUCGGCUCUCUACGCCAGGGAGGAGACGGCCAACGUGGUGGUGGUGGACUGGCUCGCCUCGGCACAGAACCACUACGCGGUCGCCGCUCAGAACACCAGAGAAGUGGGACGCGAGGUCGCUCGCUUCAUCGACUGGAUCGAGGAAACCACCAACAUGCCUCUAGAGAACCUCCACCUGAUUGGCUACAGCCUCGGGGCCCAUGUGGCAGGAUUCGCCGGGAGCCAUGCGACUAAUAAAGUUGGAAGAAUAACUGGUCUGGACCCGGCCGGUCCCGACUUUGAGGGCAAGCAUGCUCACAGGCGUCUGUCCCCCGACGACGCUCGUUUUGUGGACGUCCUCCACACCUUCACGCGGCGCUCCCUGGGUCUCAGCAUCGGGAUCCGACAGCCCGUCGGCCACAUCGACAUUUACCCGAACGGAGGGAACUUCCAGCCGGGCUGCAACCUCAGAGGGGCCCUGGAGAAGAUCGCUAACUUGGGGAUAUUCGCGGUAACGGACGCGGUGAAGUGCGAACACGAGCGCUCGGUCCACCUGUUCAUCGACUCCUUGCUGAACGAGCGGGAAACAGCCGUGGCCUACCGAUGCGGCAGCAGCGACAUGUUCGACCGCGGCGUGUGUCUCUGUUGCCGAAAACGCCGCUGCAACGCGGUGGGCUACGGCGUCAGCAGGGUCCGCCAGGCGGGCAGCGUUCAGAUGUACACCAGGACCCGGGCCUCCAUGCCGUUCCGAGUUUACCACUACCAGCUGAAGAUCCACUUCUCCGGCCAGGUGAAGCGUUCAGAGAUGGAGCCGUCGCUCACCGUCUCGCUGCACGGAACCAAAGGAGAGGCCGAAGACCUGGAGCUUAGACUAAAGGAGAAGAUAGCAACGAACAAGACCCACUCGUUCUUGCUGGUGACGGAGAAGGAUAUCGGAGAUCUGCUGAUGCUGAAGUUUAGAUGGGAGGAGACAAACGGUUGGUCAGCCUCCAACAUGUUGAAGAUGGUUUCUUCUUGGUGGUCCGGUGACUCAGACAGCAACGACAUGGAGGUUCACAAGAUCCGCAUCCGAGCAGGCGAGACCCAACAAAAGAUGGUGUUCUGUGUAAAAGACAAUGAAGCUCAGAAAUUCCAGCAAGAAGUCACAUUUGUUAAAUGUAAGGGUGCGUGGAGGAGAAACCAGAGACGAACUUUGAAAAGGAAAUGAGAAGAAACGCUGACCCUGGGGAAAAGAAUCCAUCGUCCAAUGCCUUUCAGCACUUUUUGAUUCAUAUGCCUUUUAAAGGACGUUGGUUAUUUAAAAAUAAAACCUGUGUGUGAAUACUGUAAAAUAUGUAUGCAUAGCUUGCUUUUCAUACUAGCCGUAAUUAUCAAUUAGAUGGAUAGCGGUCACGUCAGAGAGAUGCUUAUUUACCUUAAUAGUUGGUAAUGUGCUGAGAAAUACCUCGAGUUAAAUCUCAUAUGACGGUGCAGAAUAAAACCUUGCAGGCUCUUCUCAUCGCCGUUAGGAUGACUUUUCCUUUUGAGUUUAUUUAUGUAUUAUCUUCCUGGCGCAGCAUUCGCCACCGUGGCUCGCUGCACUGUACGUGACGGUGGGACCUGUAACAGUGUGCCUUACUGCAGACCGGCGGCUGCAGAUCAAGCUUAUGUCUUUGAUUAAUAACAUUCAAACAUUUUACGUUUCUGUAAAAUGCCACUUAUAUGCCGUUACCUCAAACAUGCAACUUACCUUAUGCAACCUUUAUUAAGGUUUUAUUGAUGCUCAGUGGGAGUUAUUAUCAAUACAGUCCUUUUGUUAUACUGUCUGUGGCGAGUUUUUCUUGACUGCAGUUUCCUUCUGUGCAUUUUACCUUUUAAAUCACGACAAACGCUAUUUUGUUCAUACUUACAUUUCCAUUUCUGGGAGCAGAAUCUAAACUUGACUUGUUGACAUCGGUACCGUGAUCACCGGGUCUCCAUCUUCAACUACUGCAGAAAUGUUUGCACUGAAAACCAGGGAGAUUAUUAAUCCCAUUUACCUGUAGAGUUAUGUAAAUAUCUUAGUACAAAUGUUUCAUUUGGUUGUUUGGAAAACUGUUAUAUAUUUUUAUGUCUGGAUUAAUUGAAUCUGUAAAAUGAAUCCACUUUGUACAUAUUUGUAAAUCUUCACUGCACGGUAUAUAUUCUUUAAUAAACCAAAACCGCCGUUUGAGUGGCCACCCUGA